UGCAGUGGUCCUAUAAGGAAACCUGGGAAGGUCUCCUGGUCUCCAGCAAGUUCAACAAAUAUGAAUCCUUCACAGUGGUUUUCCAGCCUUCUAUGAGGUAGAACCACCUUCGGAGAGGUCCUCGCCCCAGGAUCCCAGCAUGCUCACCCUCAGGAUCUGGAACAACAUGAUGAAGCCAGUGGGUCACAAAGAUGAACUGUUUGAUGCAUCGGAGAGAGAGAGGCUGGAAUGUCUGUCUCAGGAGAGCCCCUAUCUGUUCACCUACAGAAAUAGCAACGACCAGGCCAAACAGCUGAAACCCAUAGGAAGACUUCAGGUGAGAGAAGGCACAGAGUUUAGCUGUUUGGACAAGGACCCCUCGGACACUGUCCCCACCACAGGCAGGCGGCAGCAUAGGUUGGACUCAGCAGGGGCGGCGAGGAGGGGACAUGGAGUGGUCCUGUGCGUGGAGGGCAGCUAACAAUGGCACUGUGUGCGGGUCCUGCUGCUGGGCGCAGGUUCGCCUUGUUACGUAACCUCUCUGGGGCCAUGGACUACACGCUGGUUAUCUUACAUCUUAUAUCCACUUAUGAGAUUUCUGCCUCCUUCCCAUUACCGCCUCCCUUUCCCCUCCCCAUCCCCCAAUCAAGUCCCCCUCCCUUGUCAUCCCAAAGAACAAUCAGGGUUCACUGCCCUGUGCGAAGACCAAGGACCACCCACCUCCAUCCAGGUCUAGUAAGCAUCUUAUUGCAGAGCCAAUCCCCACCAGAAAAGGUGGAGGACAUGGCAGAUGAAGUAUCCUGGGUCCAUCUCACUGAUGACAGUUUACAGUCUUCCAAACAAUUAGCGUCGGAGUACUCUAUUUCAAGCCUUGUCAACACAACCUGCUCACUGACUAACAUAGUGGCAGAAGAGAACUGUGACACAAUUUUGCCAAAUAGAUUUUAUGAGACCUUAGCCAAAAACGACGCCCUUUUUCAGAAAAAUCAUAUCUACAGGUGGAAAAGCAAAUAUCAUCCACAGGUCUGCUACUCCAGGAGGCUCUCUCUUCAUCUCACCCUCCCUCGCUUUCCACUGAGGAGGUGGAGUGAGCUGGCUCUGCCAACCUUCAUGACAGAACCCAAAGUAAAGAAAGGCCAGGAGGGUGCUGAUAUGAAGGCAGAAAAUGCUGCAAACAAAUCAUCUGAGGCCACUAAGAUGGAGGACAUCACUUAUACUAACACAAAUUUAGAUGUGUUAGAGAUCGUGGAAGACAUCAACGAACAAAAAGAUCUUGAAGGAGAUGUUCCUGACAUCACACAGAACAAUACCACCUGUUCCGACAUCAACCACCUGAACACAAGGGAUAUCCUUUAUGCUGUGUCCCCUCCAUCCCCUUCCCAGCAUGAAAACGAUUAUGAAAUAGUCGAAGACGUUAUGAGGAGGGUGUUACCAUCAAAAUCUCCAGACGAGCAGCUCCAGAAAGCACCCAUAGCUGCCAACAAGCACACUAGAAGGGGCUGUAAGUGUGUCAAAGGGAAGAUCAAGAACUUGUUUGUAAGGCUUUCUUGCUGCCUUCCUACCCGAAGCAAAGAGUAUACAACAUCUAGCAUCUUAUUGCAGAGCCAAUCCCCACCAGAAAAGGUGGAGGACAUGCCAGAUGAAGUAUCCUGGGUCCAUCUCACUGAUGACAGUUUACAGUCUUCCAAAAAAUUAGCGUCGGAGUACUCUAUUUCAAGCCUUGUCAACACAACCUGCUCACUGACUAACAUAGUGGCAGAAGAGAACUGUGACACAAUUUUGCCAAAUAGAUUUUAUGAGACCUUAGCCAAAAACGACGCCCUUUUUCAGAAAAAUCAUAUCUACAGGUGGAAAAGCAAAUAUCAUCCACAGGUCUGCUACUCCAGGAGGCUCUCUCUUCAUCUCACCCUCCCUCGCUUUCCACUGAGGAGAAGGUGGAGUGAGCUGGCUCUGCCAACCUUCAUGACAGAACCCAAAGUAAAGAAAGGCCAGGAGGGUGCUGAUAUGAAGUCAUCAGAGACACCCAAGUCAGCAGAAAAUGCUGCAAACUUAACAUCUGAGGGGACACACAAGGACGCUAAGGUGAAGGCCACCAGAAACCUUUUUCGAAGGUUUUUCUGCUGCCUCUGCAUGCCAAGGACAAAAGAGACAACAUCCAGCAUCUUCUUGCAGAGCCAAUCCCCACCAGAAAAGGUGGAGGACAUGCCAGAUGAAGUAUCCUGGGUCCAUCUCACUGAUGACAGUUUACAGUCUUCCAAAAAAUUAGCGUCGGAGUACUCUAUUUCAAGCCUUGUCAACACAACCUGCUCACUGACUAACAUAGUGGCAGAAGAGAACUGUGACACAAUUUUGCCAAAUAGAUUUUAUGAGACCUUAGCCAAAAACGACGCCCUUUUUCAGAAAAAUCAUAUCUACAGGUGGAAAAGCAAAUAUCAUCCACAGGUCUGCUACUCCAGGAGGCUCUCUCUUCAUCUCACCCUCCCUCGCUUUCCACUGAGGAGAAGGUGGAGUGAGCUGGCUCUGCCAACCUUCAUGACAGAACCCAAAGUAAAGAAAGGCCAGGAGGGUGCUGAUAUGAAGUCAUCAGAGACACCCAAGUCAGCAGAAAAUGCUGCAAACUUAACAUCUGAGGGGACACACAAGGACGCUAAGGUGAAGGCCACCAGAAACCUUUUUCGAAGGUUUUUCUGCUGCCUCUGCAUGCCAAGGACAAAAGAGACAACAUCCAGCAUCUUCUUGCAGAGCCAAUCCCCACCAGAAAAGGUGGAGGACAUGCCAGAUGAAGUAUCCUGGGUCCAUCUCACUGAUGACAGUUUACAGUCUUCCAAAAAAUUAGCGUCGGAGUACUCUAUUUCAAGCCUUGUCAACACAACCUGCUCACUGACUAACAUAGUGGCAGAAGAGAACUGUGACACAAUUUUGCCAAAUAGAUUUUAUGAGACCUUAGCCAAAAACGACGCCCUUUUUCAGAAAAAUCAUAUCUACAGGUGGAAAAGCAAAUAUCAUCCACAGGUCUGCUACUCCAGGAGGCUCUCUCUUCAUCUCACCCUCCCUCGCUUUCCACUGAGGAGAAGGUGGAGUGAGCUGGCUCUGCCAACCUUCAUGACAGAACCCAAAGUAAAGAAAGGCCAGGAGGGUGCUGAUAUGAAGUCAUCAGAGACACCCAAGUCAGCAGAAAAUGCUGCAAACUUAACAUCUGAGGGGACACACAAGGACGCUAAGGUGAAGGCCACCAGAAACCUUUUUCGAAGGUUUUUCUGCUGCCUCUGCAUGCCAAGGACAAAAGAGACAACAUCCAGCAUCUUCUUGCGGAGCCAAUCCCCACCAGAAAAGGUGGAAGACAUGCCAGAUAAAGUAUCCUGGGUCCAUCUCACUGAUGACAGUUUACAGUCUUCCAAAAAAUUAGCGUCGGAGUACUCUAUUUCAAGCCUUGUCAACACAACCUGCUCACUGACUAACAUAGUGGCAGAAGAGAACUGUGACACAAUUUUGCCAAAUAGAUUUUAUGAGACCUUAGCCAAAAACGACGCCCUUUUUCAGAAAAAUCAUAUCUACAGGUGGAAAAGCAAAUAUCAUCCACAGGUCUGCUACUCCAGGAGGCUCUCUCUUCAUCUCACCCUCCCUCGCUUUCCACUGAGGAGAAGGUGGAGUGAGCUGGCUCUGCCAACCUUCAUGACAGAACCCAAAGUAAAGAAAGGCCAGGAGGGUGCUGAUAUGAAGUCAUCAGAGACACCCAAGUCAGCAGAAAAUGCUGCAAACUUAACAUCUGAGGGGACACACAAGGACGCUAAGGUGAAGGCCACCAGAAACCUUUUUCGAAGGUUUUUCUGCUGCCUCUGCAUGCCAAGGACAAAAGAGACAACAUCCAGCAUCUUAUUGCAGAGCCAAUCCCCACCAGAAAAGGUGGAGGACAUGGCAGAUGAAGUAUCCUGGGUCCAUCUCACUGAUGACAGUUUACAGUCUUCCAAACAAUUAGCGUCGGAGUACUCUAUUUCAAGCCUUGUCAACACAACCUGCUCACUGACUAACAUAGUGGCAGAAGAGAACUGUGACACAAUUUUGCCAAAUAGAUUUUAUUGGACCUUAGCCAAAAACGACGCCCUUUUUCAGAAAAAUCGUAUCUACAGGUGGAAAAGCAAAUAUCAUCCACAGGUCUGCUACUCCAGGAGGCUCUCUCUUCAUCUCACCCUCCCUCGCUUUCCACUGAGGAGAAGGUGGAGUGAGCUGGCUCUGCCAACCUUCAUGACAGAACCCAAAGUAAAGAAAGGCCAGGAGGGUGCUGAUAUGAAGUCAUUAGAAACACCCAAGUCAGCAGAAAAUGCUGCAAACUUAACAUCUGAGGGGACACACAAGGACGCUAAGGUGAAGGCCACCAGAAACCUUUUUCGAAGGUUUUUCUGCUGCCUCUGCAUGCCAAGGACAAAAGAGACAACAUCCAGGGCUGACGAUGCGGCCCUGACCCGGGAUUCCUAAACCCCGGGUCUGUGUUCGGCCUGGUUGGGGCAUAACAGUUUCUGGAGCAAGCCAGGCCAGAGCAUGAAAGGAGGUGUGCCCCAAACAUCUACCUGAUAGACAGCUCCAGCCACCAGGGCAUGAGCUCUGUACCCCUCUUCUCCUACUGGGUGCAAGGGUGAACUUCAUUUGUUCCCAGAAGAAGUAGCUGGACAUAGAAGCCUGUCACAUCAUCAUGGGCGAUGACGAGGCAUCCAUCCUGCUUCAAGUCCACAUGAGAAAAGGUCCACAACCAAGAAGGAGAGGAGCAAAAUUCCCCUGAAGGGGAGGUUAGGAGCGAAUGGUGCAUGUGUACCCCGAGAAGACGACCCUAUCUUCCUCAUGGGUUCCAGCUUGCUCCAAGCUGCAGCAGGUGAGUGCUGCCUGAGAAAUCUGUUCUCGUCCUGAGGUGCUCAGAGAGGGUGUGGCUGCAGAGAAGAGAAGCCACAUGUUUUCAGGAGCCUCUUCUUCUUUCUGCUUGACCGAGUUCAAGCCUUCAUCUUUCAUGCCCUAAGGUGCUGUUGUCUCAGCCAAUGAUUAUUCAGACAGAUAAAUUUGAUGUCCCCAUGGGGGAUUCCUUGACUUUGAGUAAACAGCAAGAUAGGUGUUUGUACUAGAAAUAGGUAAACAGUGCUUAAAAGGACUGGGAAACAUCACUGCCCAGAAAAAGUCAACAAACUUGGAACAUCUUUGAGCCCAGGGCCAUCAUCAGGCUUUAGUUUAGAAGGAAACCUGAUUGCCAAGGAGCUGCAGAUGAUGGCCAGUGGUAUGGUGUGCAGCCUUGUUGAGGGAGCUGCCUGCAGUCUUCUCCUGCCCACCAUACAUAUAUGGAGCAUCUUCUUGGGUCACCAGGGGCAAGCCAGCUGACAAGCUUUUCAGGGGUCCAAUCUUGAGAUCAGUCAGGUGUAGUGAAUUCGUGUCCAAUGUGCAUCUCCUUGUGGUAGAUGAUGAGUUUCUGUAUCAUGGUCUUGAUGUACACCAACCAUCCCAAUUGUGUGCUCUCCUCUGCAGAGGCCAAUGGUCCUGUCCUGGUGAAUGGGAGUAUGGUUCUUUGUGACAGUUUAUCAAUUGUCCGGAAUCCACUUCAUUGGCUACAUCAUGUAGAUGAAAUCUUGACCGAGUCCUAUAUGGUGCCCUGUUCACCCCAGUCAUAAUAAUAGUCAGUGUUAGUACAGUCAGUCAUCAUUUUAUUCUAAUAAUUCCUGCCAUUAUAUGUUACUUGAUUAUUUUUAUUAUACCCUUGAACAUUCUUUGUUUUAUUGAUUUGAUUAUAUUGUGCCAAGUAUGAUUUGUUUGAUGAUCUAGUCUAUUUGGAGUUCUGUAUGCUUCUUUUACCUUAAUAGGAAGCUCAAUCUUUAGGUUAGGGAAGUUUUCUUCUAUGAUUUUAUUGGAAAUAGUUUCUGUUUCUUUGACUUUGCUUUCUUCGCCUUCUAUUCCCCUUAAUCAUGGACUUGGCCUUUACAUAAUAUCCCAAUUUUUCUGGUGCUUUGUGGUGGAAAUUUUAUUAGAUUUAACAUUGUUAUUGACUGGGAAAACAAUUUUCUUCUAUCUUGUCUUCAAUGUCUGCGAUUUUUGCUUCUAUCUCUUACAUUCUGUCAGUAAGUCUUACCUCUAGGAUUCUUGCUCCAGUCCCUUACACUGUUUCCAGUUCUCCCUUGGUUCCACUUGUCUUUAUUGAAUCUUUUUUUUUCAUGUGUACCCUUGACCUGUCUUCUUCAUUCAAAUCCAUUGUUUGUGUUCCAAAGAUUUCAUUCAUGUCCUCCUAAGGUCCUUGACCAUUCUCAUAAUAGCUAUUUUGAAGUCCUUGUUCUGUGUGUCAGCUGUUUGCCUUGCUUGGGAACUACUGAAGUCCUACUGAUGAGCUCUAAUGGAGACACACUGUUGGGCUGUUUUGAUUCUGUCCUCAUGCUGACAUCCAGCCAUCUGGGCUUAGAAAAAUUUCACUUCCAGUAGUUGAUAUCUGGUCUUGCCUGUCUGUUGGGUAGGUUUUUCAUUCCUUAGUUUCUGUUGCCCUCACAGGAUUUCUGGAGGGGGUGUGGUGGCUGUGGGUAGCCUUUAGAGAGUGCUCUGAGUCUCUCCCAGGUGUGGCCACUGGUGGUUGCAGGUGGGCAGUGUUUCUAGUAUUGGGAGAUUGCAGGAAAGAGUAGGAUGAGCUAGAUUGGCAAGUGUCUCAGCAGAUACAUAAGGAGGGAGAAAAGUUUGGUCAGCCAUCUGGAUCUCUAAAGUCCUUAGGGAGUUGGAUUAAGAGGUGAAAUCACAUCCCUGUCCAGCACGUGGUCUUGUACAGUCUUAGGGAUGAGACUGAGUGUUUGAAAAUGGAGAACGGAAAGGAGAGGAAAUAUUGCCUAUUUGCUUCCAUGGUCAGCAUGGGCUGCAGUGACAGACUGUCUCCAGUGAAGGAGACCAAGACAAAGGAAUGGGAUGAAGAGAAGGCUGAGAGAGAGGAUUUGUUUACUCCAGGAAUGGGGACAGAAAAAGGAGAGUCCAGAACAGGUGGCCUGCUAUAAAUCUGGGAAUAAGACUGGGGAACUGGGAUUGGAGGAUGAGAAUGAGAUUGAAGUUCACCUACUUGCAAGUGUGUCUAGGGACAUAGUGUCUCUGGUGUUGCUGGCUGAGAUAAAGUGGUGGGAAUUGGAUGCAGUGGUGUAGGAGAAGAAUGAUGGAUUUGAAAUUUGUACAUCGACUAGCAAAACAUACAGACACUGGAAGUGAGUGCAGGAAUCUCAUAAAUGAGUGUCUGAUCGUGUAUGGGGCAGACUAUUGUAUAGGCGAAAAGUUGAGACUGUAGUGCAGUAAAUUCAUUUGAUAGUUACUGGAAUAUGUUCCCUGAAUAAUGAAUUCUUUGAGGAACCCCAAAUAUAUAUAUCUUUGUGGUAAAUCACAUACCAAUGAAAUAAUCUGAUGGCAUUCUCUGUGGGAAAGUUAACAAUGUGUUAUUUCCUUUUAUUUUUGUAAGAGUGUUAAAGAUGUCUUCUGGAUGUGGCAAUCUUUUCAGAAGAUCAAAGGAUAUGAUCUAGUAGAAUCCAGCUGGAUUCUGAGGCCUGUGUUCUGUGGUGACUAAUGAUCCUGUUAGAGCUCACCCUGUGCUCACUGAGGAGACUCAGCAGUGCUGUCCUUCUGUCCUGUCAGAGCCCAGGGUGAAAGGAGUCAGCCAGAGCUAGUGAUUACUGCUAUGACUCCCCAAAACUGAAAUCCUACCUAGCUACUCCUCAGGCUCCCAUGGAAGCUGAGCUUUAGCAGCAGGGCUCACAAGGGUCUUGGCAGCCUCAGUGGAAACAUUCCCAAAGGAAGAGCCACUUCUCUGCAGGGGUGGGAAAGGAGGCCUAGGACAACCUGGACUCCCUGAGGAGAACUUUGGUCUUGAACUGCUUCUUUCUCACUGCAGGGCAGGGACAGGCAUAAGAGCUCUGCUGUCACCCUGGCUGUAUCUGCAUCUGAAGCACAGAUCACUACUACACUUUACCACAGCAUCUCAUCUACCAUCUGUUCGUCUCUAUUACUGCAAGGAUCCUUUCCCAGUCCAUCCUGCCCUCUGCUUCUUGGCUAACAUUGCCUGCACCUUGAUCAUGGAAAUCAGUUCCAUUGUCUCUAGGGUACAAUGAGGUAAAAAAGUCAAAUAUCUGUUCCUCAUAUCUCCUUGGAUACCCCUAUGAGUCAAUAAUAACCAGUCCUGUAAGAAAUAUUAAAUGAUCAUUUUUCUUGUCAAAUACUAUAAAACAAAUGCUGUUUUUCCUUCAACCCUGAACACUCCUGAGCCUUUUAGACUUUCUUCCUCCAUUCCCAAUGUCCCAUUCUAAAUGCCCACUUCUCUUCAAGUGUUAGACAUGUUCUUCCAGACAGAUGGAACCAAUUUCCUUUCCUUUUUUAAAAAGGAAAACAGAAUAUCUAUACAUCCAGUGACCUCCUCUUCUCUUUGCCUUCUUCACUGUUCAUAAUUCCUUUCCAGACUAGCUCUAACUGUGCAUACACUGUGAAGUUGGACCUCAGCUCAUCCAAACAACUACUUUCCUUCCUUUGGUCAUGGAUAAUAGUGUUAACAGGGAUAAAAAGUACAGCUUACUCUCCAGGUAUGCUUGCUCUGCCACUUCUGUGAGCAUCUAUUCUCCUCAUUAGAAGUUGCAUCAGUAAGAUGCUUUAGUGGGAGUGGUGGUCUCUUUCUUUGUGUUCUCAAGACCACUUUUAACAGACUCCAGCUCUUUCUGUGAAUCUAACUAUGCAUCAGGUAAUAUAGGCACCGCACACACCUUUGGGUUGUGGCCCGGUGGUGGACCUGGAUAUUACAUUCAAGUCUGGCACAGGUGAGUUUCUCAAGAUGACAGAGACAAGAGAAACAGUGCAGGAUACUCAAACUCCUGGGCCUCGAUCCAUCUCCACAUCUGCAACAGUAUUUGUCUACACUGCUGCCUUUGUACACAGCUUCUGCUUACAGUAUCUUCUAUUCGUUCACAUUCAAUGAUUCUAAGUGAUCAUAAAAUGCCAAUAAAACAGACAUCAAGGUUAUGAUUGGUUUACUAAUCCAAGUACUUUCCAUUGAACCUAUUGUUUAAAGGGAAUCCCAUGGAGUUGGCAUUUUUCUCUUAAAUAUAGAAAUAUCAGCCUGUGCUUGGUACAUUUUACUAAUGGAAAAUGAUUCUGGAAAGCUCUAUGCCUGAAUACACUCCUGUUUCCACAUUAUCAUGUGUCAUGUGGUUAAUAUAUCACUAACCCCUAAGUGGGUCCUUGAACCUGCUUUCUUUCCUAAGUCAAGGUCUACGACGCAUCUUGUACCCUGCACCAUCUCCUCUUUUUGCAACGCCUGCUUACUGCAUCACUGCUGCACCUUCAAGAUCUGUCCCAUUUCAGCCUUUCCCUGGUUCUCAGCUGUUGGACUGUAUCAGCCUCUGGCAAAUGCAUUCUUCAAGGCCCCUUCUGUGCAAGUUCAGCCCAUUACAUCUAUCAAAGUAGGGUGUCUAAUGUCAGAAGAAACAACAGGCAGCAUUUUGGUUAAAUAUCUCUUGAACAUAUUAACACAUUUGCCUGAAAGCCAUACAUGACAUCUUGACAUAUUGCCUGGUUCUGCACUCUGCCUGCUACCUGCAGACCCUAUGUUGGUAUUUGAUCUGCAUUCUAGGCCAUGAUGUGUCAUCUCCUGUGACAUUUAUCAAGGCCUACUUCACUGUAUGAACCCCUUUUCACCCACAGCAUUUUGAACAAGUGCCUCCUCCUCUAAAAUAAAGACAGAUCUAAUCAUCCUUGAUCCAUUAAAGGCAACAGAAUUGUUCAUAUUAUCAGACUCAUUUGUCUCUGUUCAGGGUUUGUCAUCCUCAGUUCCUGGGUGGGUCCCAAGCUCUCCUGUGUUGAUUGCCCGUGUGCUGUCCCUGUCCACAUUCAUCAGGAAAUGCAUCAGCGAUGGCUUUGCUAGGACACAUCGCCAUGCUCCCUGUAGUUUUCCUUUCAUAAGUCUGAAACCCACAGCAGCACUGAUACAGUGAACACCUGUGGAAGAGAUGGCUGCUCUGCGACUUACAGGAGUGUGCUGAGUCUCUCUCUGGAGUUUCUGCAGGACAGGUGCCCACAUGCGAUAACCCCAACAGACAGGCGGCCCAUGACUGAGUCCUCCAAUUUGUGAGGAAUCAGCAGCUGCUCGCUCUCCUGUGGAUCUCAAAGAGGUCUUUGCACACAGGCCUGGGUGUUUUACCAUCUACUUUAUAUUCCAUGGAGAAAGUAAUUCACUUCACCUGGCUUGCUCUUUCAGGAACCCACACUGAACUAGGAGGAGUUAGUGAGAACUCAUUUGCUUGACUAGCACAUCUUCCUCUAAGGGGUCCAGAUGAUGAGAUAAUGAGACAGCCCAGACAGAAGACCCUGGUCUGAGAAGAAGGUGUGCUGAGCCUGCCAUUGCUUGGACUCCCCUCAUCUUCAUUUUUCCAUCUCAAUGUACAGGUUCCUUUUCUCAGACUACAUUGACAGAAACACCCUCCUCCUCUGUGCCUCUUGGAUCAACAGCCAGACUCACCUGCGCCCUGAGGAGUGUAAACGGCAUUGGCAAUAACAUUUACUUGUCCAGCAGAUGGAGGGGAGACCUCCCAGAGUUUUCCUGUUCUACUGCAAAGACUCAAACAAGUCACUGAGGCUUAGAAUCUCCAUUACAUUCUCUGGAUCCAGAGAAGCCUCAAAAAAUGUAAAUUUGCACAUCUCUGAACUAUAGAUGAAGGGUGAGGCUCAGCACUGCUGUAUUAUCUAGGAAAAUAGUGUUUCCCACAGUGAUACAGGCAGAUGGGGAAGUAGCCAUCAAUAGUAGCUUCUGCCAAAAAACAAAUCAGUUCUGGUAGAGCGCAUGUAGCAGCCACAGGGAAGGGAGCAAGGAGGCUCCACCAACAUCGCCUGCCACAGCACCAGUUCUGAACAGUGCAGAGGCUCAUGGUAUUGAUUUUGGUCACCCAGAAAGAUGCCCCCACCACAUGGAGGCAAACUGUGUGCAAGCAUCGAGAAGGGCGACUACCACAAGGCACACAAGAUGUACCUGAUGCUCUUCUUCAGAUACAUGUCUAAAACAAGCAUUCAGAAUCCUGAGAUCUCAGGUACUCAGGAGUAUUUCUCUUCUUCGGUCAUGGCCAGCAGAGCAGUCCAGGCUGACAUGACCAUGCCGGUCCUCGAAUCCCUGGAGAAGGUAAUAGUGUAUAUAGCUGAUGAACUGUUAGAGAAUUGUAGAGCCAGCUACAGUGUUCAGUUUGAUGGAUCUAAAUUCUCAAGAGCAAGUAGUGUUGGUGGCCAGAGCUGAAGUGGUCCAGUGGAGGAUCUGGGAAACUGGGCCAUCCCAGCUUCCACCAACCCCUCACGCUGUGGGGUCUGCAAUACUACUGUAAGUCUCAGUAUUACUUCCUGCCCUCCACUGAGGGCAAGGGCUGUACCAACAUGACAGACAGGUACUCUACUGCACAAGGCUUCUGAAGCAGGUGGGUGAGUUCAUGGCCCAGGCUGUGUACAACUGUUUCUCUGUUUGAAAAACAAGAAAGGUGCCCACGGGAUCUUUACAAGGUGCACACAGAAGGUCCCGUCCAUCGAGGGGACUUUCUUUCAAUCCCUGCUCAACUUCAUCAGGUUUCUGCUGCUGGCUGUGGACAAGAUGACUGUGUUCACAGUGAGCACAGCCUGAUUACCUACAUGGGGACUCCAUGUACAAAGUGUACCUGGACAGGGGAGCUGCCAAAGCAGACCUCCACCAGAGAGGGCAACCUGGGAACAAGCUGAGCAGCCUCGUGGACUCCUCAGAGCAGGAUGGGGAUGAGUACGAGGAUGACAGAAGCCUCAUCAGCCUGCCUGGAAGCUGCCUGGCCAGCAUGGAGACGUGCAUGACCAGCACCACUGGGACGGAUUCAGUGCCAGUCUGGACAUGAGGCCCCUUACACAGUGGGUUCCUGUUCCGGGGCUGGAGGGGCCACCUGUGCAGAGUCUGCCCCUAUUUAUGUAUGGAGGCCAAGGGCUGUGUGGUCAGGACCAAGAACAAAGCCCAGCUUCUGCUGCCCACCCAUGUUCCUCAUAUCUCCCACAAUAAAGCACAAGUCCUGCUGCAGCACCCUGCUGCCGUCCUUG